CGGAGAGGAGAGCAGGUGAUGUGGGAGCCGGCGGGGACAUUUGCCGGCGACACCGAGCGUGGGCCGGAAGUGGAGGAGCCGAGAGCGGCGCCGCAAGAGCUCCGGGCUAGACCGUGGCGACGGCGGCGGCCCCUCGGCUGGCGGAGGACGAUGAGGAGCGACGGAAGCCGCGCGGGGGGACGCUGCUGCGCGGCGCCGGGUUCCGAGUCCGCGGCCGACUGCGCAGCCUGCGAGCGGGUCUAAGAUACUUACGGAGAGCGGCCAUGGAAAAGUCCUGGAUGCUGUGGAACUUUGUUGAAAGAUGGCUAAUAGCCUUGGCUUCCUGGUCUUGGGCCCUUUGCCGUAUUUCUCUUUUACCUUUGAUCGUGACUUUUCAUCUGUACGGGGGCAUUAUCUUACUUUUGUUAAUAUUCGUAUCAAUAGCAGGUAUUCUAUAUAAAUUCCAGGAUGUGUUGCUUUAUUUUCCAGAACAGCCAUCUUCUUCACGCCUUUAUGUUCCCAUGCCCACUGGGAUUCCCCAUGAAAACAUUUUCAUCAGAACCAAAGAUGGAGUGCGUCUGAAUCUUAUUUUGAUAAGAUACACUGGAGACAAUUCGCCCUAUUCCCCAACUAUAAUUUAUUUUCAUGGGAAUGCAGGCAACAUAGGUCACAGGUUACCAAAUGCAUUGCUUAUGUUGGUUAACCUCAAAGUCAAUCUUUUGCUUGUUGAUUACCGAGGCUAUGGGAAAAGCGAAGGAGAAGCCAGUGAAGAAGGACUCUGCUUGGACUCCGAGGCUGUCCUAGACUAUGUGAUGACUAGACCUGACCUUGACAAGACAAAAAUUUUCCUUUUCGGCCGUUCCUUGGGAGGAGCUGUGGCUAUUCACUUGGCCUCUGAAAAUUCACACAGGAUUUCAGCCAUUAUGGUAGAGAACACGUUUCUAAGCAUACCGCAUAUGGCCAGCACUUUAUUUUCCUUCUUUCCAAUGCGUUACCUUCCUUUAUGGUGCUACAAAAAUAAAUUCUUGUCCUACAGAAAAAUCUCUCAGUGCAGAAUGCCUUCUCUUUUCAUCUCUGGACUCUCUGACCAGUUAAUUCCGCCAGUGAUGAUGAAGCAGCUCUAUGAGCUGUCCCCGUCUCGGACUAAGAGAUUGGCCAUUUUUCCUGACGGGACUCACAACGACACGUGGCAAUGCCAGGGCUACUUUCCUGCCCUCGAACAGUUCAUCAGAGAAGUCCUCAAAAGUCAUUCUCCGGAAGAAAUGGCAAAAACUUCCUCCAACGUAACAAUCAUCUAAUGUUGUUCCUUUUGAUUCAUGCACUGUAUUUUAAUUUGUGCAGAAUGAUAAAGAAUGUUCCUUCCUAGAAGUGUGUUAUGUCUGUACUUGUCUGAAGAGUGACAUUAAACUUUGAAUGGACUUCA